GCGGCAGAAGCACCGAUGGAGCCACGGUGGCAGUACCAGUUCCGAGUAAUCAUGCUGGGGGACUCGACAGUGGGGAAAUCCUCACUGCUGCGGCGCUACACCGAAGGUGCCUUCCUGGACACUGUCAACCAGACUGUGGGGGUGGACUUCUACGUCCAAUUCGUGGAGCUGGAGCCAGGGCUGCAAGUGAAGCUGCAGUUCUGGGACACAGCCGGGCAGGAGAGGUUCAGGUCUGUGACUCGCUCCUACUACCGCAACUCAGCCGGGGGGAUGCUGCUUUUCGACAUCACCAACCGCACAUCCUUUGAGAGCAUCCGGCAAUGGCACCAGGAGGUGACUGACACCAUCCAACCCUUCCGCAUGGUCUUCCUGCUGGUGGGGCACAAGAGUGACCUGGCUGGGCAGCGCCGGGUGGGCCAGAGGGAGGCGGAGAAGUUGGCAGCCUCACUGGGUGUCCAGUAUGUGGAGACCUCAGCCAAAGAUGCUUCCAAUGUAGUCCAGGCCUUUCAGAUGCUGACAGUUGCCAUUUACCAAGCGCUGCAGACGGGGCAGUUGGUGGCCACUGAGGCGUGGGACGGGGUGAAGAGCAGCAUCCCACUGCCAGUGCUGCCCAAGGCUCAGGCACAGGAGAAGGAGGAGAAGCGGAAGAGAUGCUUGUGCUAGAGCUAAGGACACUGGCAAGGCAGGGACAUGCUGGGCUCAGGCAGGGGUGCCAUUGGAAGCGCGUUGGAAGCGUGAAGUCCCCAGGUGGAAGCCCACAGGCUUGCAGAGGUCAAUGUUACCCUUUCCCCUAUGCUCUCUUGUACUGACUGAGAUCCCUACCAUAAAGCCCUAAAUCUUUAAGUCUUUCCAAACAGAAUUAAAAGUGACAAAUUUAUCGUGGAACUCAGAUGAUGUAUCUGCCACUCCGGCUGAGUACAUGCCUAGUUGAGCCCAAAGCAAAAAUAACCACAUACCAUUCUGAGGAAAUGCCCACUUUCCCUUCCGGGUUAAUCUUCAUACAAUAUAAUUUGAAAAAAACCUUCUCUACAAGGUUGCAGAAAGGAGCUCCCCAGGCUCCUCAUCCCACAGCGACAUGAGGAGUGACACCAAGAUGGUCAUGGGAUCACUUCACCCCCCCUGGUUUCCCCUGCAGGUACCGGGAGCCUCCAGAGAGCUGGGCAAGGAGGAUGAGCCCAGCUCUGCCUAGGGCUGCAGAAGCCUUCCUGAGCCUUCCUGUCAUGCAGGGGUUUGCACUGCUAUCAGCUCCUGCAUCCCCACAACAGCCCCUGCAGCUCCUCUGAAGUCUGAGCAGAGCAGCGGGAACAGCCAAGGGCAUGUGGCCUUUCCAAUGUCCAGGCACAAACAGAAUCAGGGGGACUCUGACUUCCUGCUUUGUCACAGCAUCCCCCUCCCAACAGUGCUAAUAUCCCAGCAAUGGGUUGGAGGUCAGGAGGGAAAUGACCCCGCCAUCCUGACUGGCAGGGAAGGGACUGGCCAAAUUCUUGUGGUCUAGAAAGGUCUGGAGGGGAGGAACCCUCUGGAAGAGCAGCUGAGGGCACUUGGUUUGUUCACCCUGGAGGAAACAGGGGAGACUCAGCAGCACGUGCAGCUCCUCCCAAGUGACACCUCCAGUCUCUGCUCCCUGUGACCAGACAGGACCUGAGGGAACAGCUGAAGCUGUGUCAGGGGAGGCAUAGAUUGCAUAUUAGGAAACAGUUCUUCCCACAGAGGGUGCUCGGGCAAUGACCAGGCUCCCCAGGGAAUAGACACAGCCCCAAGGCUGCCACAGUUUCAGAGAGCGUUGGACAGUGCUCUCAGGCAUAGGGUGGGAUUGGUGGGGUGUCCUGGGCAGGCCAGGAGCUGGACUCAAUAAUCCUUGGGGAUCUUUUCCAGCUCAGGUUAUUCCACGAUUCUGCUCCCUGUAAACUCUCAGGAGAUCUCCCACAGAACAGCACCACACACAGAGCUGAGGUAACAGGGACCCCUCCCCCUGCCAUCCCUCUGCAAUGCUGCCUGAAGAGCACAAGCCUA